UCUCAUCAGACCCAAAAUUUAAGUCUCAGAAUCUUCACGAAAACUAGAACAUAAAAAUGAAGAAGUGUUCUUCGAUUCCGCCCAGUUGUUUUAUUCUUAUUUUCUUUUUAGUUUUUUAGUUUUCUUUUUUUAUUUGUGCUUCAACACAGCCAUGCCUACGCCACCCAAACGUUGAUCACCCUCCGAUCAAAAAUCAACCCACAAAUGUCUUCGUCCUCAGCAUCAUCAUCAUCGGCAGCUUUCGUGGUGAUCUGUCUUCUCCACUCUCUGAUCGCCUUAACCAGCGGGGCCCUGAUGAUUUUCCACAUGAAGGAAAUCUACACGUUCACGCACGGACUGGAAACUGCGACAAAACUGCUGGGGUCCAACCCGCAUGACCAGCUUUUAAUCCAGACCUCCGAUUCCUUCUCGGGUCUGCUCCUGUUCACAAUCGGGUUCUUACUCUUCAUGGUUUCUUUCGUUAGGGAUAAAGGGUUUCAGUCGUUUUUCGCCAAAGGGUGUACCAUUUUGCAUAUAUUUAUGGCGUUGUGGAGGGUUUACUUUGAGAGAAAGGUUGAGUAUUUAGCUUGGGAUUGGCUGAUGAAGACUUUUGGUGAUGUUAUUCUGGCUCUUUCGUGGGUGUUCUUCCUUGUGUAUUCCUGGAGAGAAAAUUCUCUUAUUGUAACUUUGGAUAUGGAGUUUGAAGGUAGCCAAUUCGAGGAGAUGUCAUGGACCAUUGUAUAUUGAAUUUGAUUUAGGGUGGGAAGAAAUAUUUUAGUGUUUUGAUGAGUUGUGAUAUUUGAUUCUGUAGUUUGAUGUUGAACAAUAGUGUAUGAAAAUAUUAUAGAGCUAGAAGCCUGUUACAAUUGAAGAUUUGGGGAUUUGGAGACUUUGUGCGAGCAGUGGCAAUGUGAAGCGUUUUCUGUUCUUUUUGUUAUUUAGUGAGUUGGAGCUUUUUUGUGUUAAAAAGGUCUUGACAAUGAAGUUGGUGCAUUCUAUGCUCAAAUUGUACAUAGGUGGGGAAAGCAAAGCCAUUUCUUGCUUAGAUAUUUAACAAACACAGCUAAAGUAUGUCUUUACUUGCUCAAAUAACAGUAGCAAAAGUAGUCAGAGGAUGGAGCCGUAAUUUGGAGAGGAUAAGUUUUUCAUUGAAGAGCAUGUUAAUGUGGAAAUUGCUAAUAAACAUCCCAAGAUGGAUCAAGAAGGUUUAAUGUCACUA